UCCAAUGGUCGAUGAAAGGGUUAACAUGAGGUGUCGCAUCACUGAGGUCAAAGUCUCAACAACCACCAGACUAUGAAAAGAUAAAAAAUUCACAGACUUCACAAACACUUCUUUGGACUGCAAGACUAAUAUAAUGGAGAUUUCAAUAUUUACUGUCGAUGCUUUUACCAAUUUACCUUUCAAAGGUAACCCUGCAGCAGUUUGCCUUAUAGAGAAUGAACUUCAAGAUGAACUUUAUCAGAGCAUUGCUGCUGAAAUGAAUUUAUCAGAGACUGCUUUUAUUACAAGACGGAAUUCUAUGGAUUUUUCUUCAGGUGCAAGGUUUGGACUGCGCUGGUUUACUCCUAAAAGUGAGGUUCCACUCUGUGGACAUGCAACAUUAGCCUCAGCAGCAGUGUUGUUUUACAUUAAAGUAAGAAACACCCCUCCUUACAUGAUUAACAAUGUCAACCCGGUUGUGGUGUUUGAGACUCUGAGUGGGGAGCUGAAUGUGCGUCAACAUGGAGAAUCACUAAUUAUGGACUUCCCCUUAAACAAGCCAAAACCUCAGGACCAACAUGAAGUCAAAGAUCUUUUGAAAGCAAUUGUAGGAGACCUAACUAUUCAGGAUGUCUGCUAUUCAGAAACCACAAAGAAACUUAUGGUUUGUCUAGCUGACACAUGUGACAGGUCCAAACUUACAUCUUUGAAGCCAGAACCAGAUGCCCUGUUGAGGAUUGAGUCCACUGGUAAGAUUAAAGGCGUCAUUGUUACAAUGAAAGGAGCACCAACCGCACAUCCUGGAUAUGAUUUCUACUCUCGUUACUUUGCCCCUUGGUUUGGUAUUCCUGAAGAUCCAGUCACCGGGUCUGCUCAUACAGUGCUUGCUGGUUACUGGUCUGAGAAACUCGGGAAAAAGAAAAUGUUGGCUUACCAGUGUUCCAGUCGAGGGGGGGAGCUGGAGUUGGAACUAAGAGAUGAUGGUCGACUGGACAUUAGUGGUCGGGCACAGAUCAUUCUUCAAGGGACUCUUAAAAUCUAAACAAACUUCCACAAUUAACUCAAUAAAUAUGAGAAAAGAUUGAAUGAAAAUAAUAUGUCUGUUUGUCUCACUGAAAACAAAUAUCAGCAUAUUAAUCCGUUAAUGUUAGUUAAUGGCAAUGCAAUUAUUCAUCUUAGUCCAUUGUGCAUUAACUGAUUUUAUGUUUUUAAUUACACAUUUAAAAAAAAAAUAUGUAAGUAAAUGCGGAAAUAAACAUGAAAGAUUAAUAAA